UCGUUUGUUUAUUUUCGUUGGGUUCACGGUUGUGUUUAAUUAAAAACCUUUGAACUGUAUUGUAUUUAAAAUAUUUACGCAUCAUAAUGAUACUUAAAAUUAAGUAGGUUUAAUAAAAUGGCUUUAAAAGGAAUAAAAGUGUUGGAAUUUGGGGGUUUGGCCCCGGGCCCUUUCUGUGGGAUGGUUUUGGCAGAUUUUGGGGCUGAUGUUCUUCGUAUUGAUAAGCUCCAACCUGGAAUCAUCGAUUGCCUUGGAAAUGGUAAACAAGUGAUAGCUUUGAAUUUAAAGCAUCCAGAAGGUGUGAAAAUAGUUAAACAACUGUGUAAAAAAUCUGACGUUUUGUUGGAGCCAUUCAGGCAAGGGGUUAUGGAGAGUUUGGGGCUAGGUCCUAGUGUUUUGUUAAAAGAAAACCCCAGAUUGAUAUAUGCUAGAUUAACAGGGUAUGGUCAAACAGGCAUAAUGAAAAACCUGGCUGGACAUGAUAUUAAUUAUCUCAGCAUGUCUGGUCUUUUAUCGUUAUUUGGCAGAAAAAAUGAAAAGCCCCUGUUUCCUAACAACCUAGCAGCAGAUUUUGGGGGUGGCGGCUUGACAUGCUCACUGGGAAUAUUGAUGGCGUUAUUUGAAAGGACCCAAUCGGGACUGGGACAAGUUAUAGAUUGCAACAUGGUGGAAGGGACUGCCUAUCUGGGAAGCUGGCUGUACAGAUCACAAAAUCAGCCUUGGUGGGGGAGAGGCAAAAUGGGGGAGAACGUGCUGGACUCUGGCGCCCAUUUUUAUGAAGUUUACAGAACAAAAGACAACAAGUUUGUAAGUGUGGGGGCUAUUGAACCGCAGUUCUAUGAGAAACUUUUACAAGGAUUGGGGUUGAGUGAGGACAAAGCGCCUCAAUUUUCGGAUUUUGAUGAGUUAAAAAGAUUAUUCACUGAGAAGUUUAUGGAAAAAACUCAAAAGGAAUGGGUCGACAUUUUUGGGGAUGGGGAUGCUUGUGUAACGCCGGUUUUAGGAUUGCAAGAGGCCGCUACUCACCCUCAUAAUGUUAAUUCCUUUAUUAAGUCUGAAGAGGUUGUUUCUCCGAAACCGGCUCCAAACCUUAGCAGGACUCCUGCAACAUCUAAAAGCACUGAGAAACUUCCCAAGCAUGGUCAACACACUUAUGAAAUACUUAAAAAACUUAAUUAUUCAGAUGAAAUUAUAAACAAAUUAUUAGAUGAUAAUGUGAUAUUUUUUAAACAAUCAUCAAAGUUGUAAAUUUUAAUUUUUA